AAGGUGGCACUCAUAACUCAGAUAAGUUACACAGAAGCCCAAAUCUUGAACUUUCAAGAUCUCUCAAACAUGGAAGUUAGAAGCUGGUGCAAUUCUGGGAACAGCAACGUCAUAGAUGCCUGCUAUGUCAAGAGUCAAAGAUACGAUCGGAUUGAUGUGUCGUUUAAUAUGUUGGUGGGUCAUGAGUCCAAGACUGCGAAUACUGCUGCUACUCCAAGAUGGAGAUUGUUGUGGAGGAAAAUAAUGAAGGAGAAGAAGAAGCUGUUUGAUUGUUCUUCGAGCAGUGACCGGAUGCAUUUUUCUUAUGAUCCUUACACAUACGCUCAGAAUUUUGAUCAAGGUUCUUCAAUGUGGUCUGAUCCUGACAGCAUGUCUCGGUCUUUCUCUGCUAGGUUUGCUGUUCCUGCAAGAAUCUUUGACAAGAGUGAAUUGGUGGUGUAGCUCGGUUAAUUUUCUUGAAAUAAAGACGUUGAACAGUGGAUUAAAAUUGGUGUAAUUAGUUUAAGGUUUCUUGAUCUGCUUCUUCCAAUUCUAUUUCCUAGCUAUGUAGUUGAUUUUGAAGACUUAAUUUUGUUUAUUUUUUUUCUUUUUGGUAUAUUACAAGUAUGUUUAUAUUCAUGAUCACGUCUUUCUAGCACCUACUCUCCAUCUUCUUCUUCUUUUUCUUGUUCAAACUUAGAUCAAAAGUAACUGAAGAUGCUUUUGGAUCAUCUUGGACCCUUUUAGUUUU